UAAUGUUAGAUGACGCUUGUUGUUUGUGUACGCGUCGGUGUGUCACACAGAUGGACGUGUGAUUGCAUAUUUAUUAUUCAUUUUGGAAGUGAAGUUAAUAGUGAUAGGCAGGUGUUAUAUUUCAAUUUUGUCUGUCCCGUAGCUGAUAUCAAAUUUGCGAAAGAUGAUUGAGCUUCCUGCAUGGAUCCCUACUCAUAUGGAUUACGAGGGACAGAAAUGGGCAGAGAGACUGUUCCAAGUCAUCAUAGUUCUGUUUGGAGUUGUGGGCCUUGUCUGGGGAUACUCCAUCCAGCAGUUCUCACAAACCGUCUACAUACUGGGCGCUGGUGUGGCUCUAGCAUGCUUGCUGACGCUACCUCCGUGGCCCAUGUACCGGCGCCACCCGCUCAACUGGCAAAAGCCCAGAUCCGCCUAGAGCGCAGACGCCUGCAAGGCCAAAAAGAAGAAAUGGGGCGGUGAACGCUGCCGGGAUCGGGCGUAUAUUGUUUUCAUCAUUCUGUGGUACGGGGACCGAGGGGCCUGGGUGUGGUUUUUGGUGUAGCUCACCGUGAUGAGCGUACAGUCAGGCACCGAAGUGUGGCCGUUAGGCGGGUUUCAUUUGUUCUCACAAAGCUGAAAUCUUAUUACGCGUCGCGUCGAUGUGGUGGUAAUAAAACAUGAUUUGUAAAA